AUGCUCCUGGCACCCAGCGGAUCGAGGGAGUCGUUCGACGCCAGCAAGGAACCGAUGAGGCGCAACUGGAUCGGCCGAUUGUCGUACCCGACCCCUUGGGCGCCGAGGAACGAAGCCGCCGGGUUCUCAAAACCGCCGAUCACGCCUUCGAAAGCGAUGUUACGAGGGGCUUUGGGCGUGGCACUCGUCAUUUUCAUAGGAACUGCAAUUGGGGUGCUUUCCAUUGAUGGCCCUGACCCGUGGGGGCUCAAGUCAACCCUCGAGUCUAAACUCGAGACGUACGGGGUACAGUUCGUGCCGACUCCGUAGGUAGUGGGAGUGAAAGCAACACAGAGUCCCAAGAAAAUAUGCUGAUGUUAUCUUUUCGCUCCCGCACCUACCAUCGACAGCUGCUCCAGUCCGUAUGGUGAACUCGGGAGGCUCCGGAGCGAUUUUUCGCUCCCCGAGGGGAACAAAUAGACACCGUACGACACGUCAUGCACUGCACCAGACAUGAUGACCCGGCUACGCAUACACAUCGACAAUGAAGCUCGAGCUGUCGCUGCUGAUCAACCGCCUCGGCCCUUGCGGCUACCGUUACCAAAGCAGCGCCCAGCGUACCGACACGAGCUCUCCUUGCCGUGGCUAUUCGGCAAGACCGUCGUUCUGAUUGGCGAUCACGUCGAACGACUGCACAAUAAGGACUUUUGUCGAUUUGUUGGCGGCAAGUUCAUCUCGGCCGGGCCCGAGCAUGCUAUCUCGCCGCCUCCAUUCCACAAUGGCAUCGACGAAAAGCUUGGCUCGGCCAAUCAAACGAACUUUGUCCCGAGUCGGCCGACAGUGUGUUACGUCGAGCACUACGACUUUAUGAUGAUCUCAGUAUUCCACUAUGGUUUCAUCAACCGCGUCGAGGCUGAACGAGAGAACCUCCUGUGGGAUCCACACUUUUAUGCUCCAGGUGAGCCAUCGGUCAAUCUCGGCGCGCCGCACUGCUGCUUGCUCACCACGCCACUCUCGCGCAGGCAACGUGCAAGAUCGCAUCUCUUACCUCAUCAAAAAGCUCCUGAGGAAUCUAGAUCGUCAAGUCAACUUCAUCGAGUUCUCUUCGAGUGUGUGGGACUUGCGCCACUUCUCCGUCCUCGACGAACUGGCCAAGAAGAGCCAUCUGGACCCGCUUUCGGCUUCUCGCCUAGCAUGGUACUCGCAACGGUUGAAGGAUACGUUCGAAUACCUGGCCGAAUCGUUCCCUGGAACUCCCCUUUCCUGGCGUACGCUACAGCAGACCCCACUCUUCGAUGCGACACCCUUUGGCCGAGUGGCGGAGUUAGAUCGUGUCUCACGCAAAGUCAUUGAGGACCUGAAUCGUCAAUGGGCGGGCCACAUCACCUCCGACUGGAUCCACGAAUGGGAAAACGGACCCGACUCGUCGGCCCACUCCCCACCUACGAGCGACCCUAACCUAGCGAAACGCCAAGCCAUUUCCCAGCCGAGCGUAGCCAAGAAGUUAUCCCUCACGCGCGCCAGGGAGUCCAAGGUUUUCAACUCCUUCCUGUUGAGGAUCAAUGAGCGCAUCAAGGGAGAUAGCGUCACGAAGACGAGUGAAACGGAUAUGAGUGAUUUCAUAGGAGGUCCUGAUCCAUCCAAGGGAAAGCUUCGGAUUGCGAUCAACGAAUGGGGGGCUCUCAUGUGCGUCAAGCCGCGGAUCCCGUCGUUUGAUUUCUGGAGGCUGCGGGAAGCUGACGACUCGGCCAUCACAUCUCUUCUGCAGGCUCGGACAACCAACGGCCGACAACCAACUUUACACGCCGGCUUUACCCGGAGGGUACCUCUGGGGCGACAUGCUAUUGUUCUUGCAAGUCUUGGCGUCGGCCCUUCCAUCCCUGGUGUGAGCCGAGCUGACUCGUGUUUUUCCUUUUGACAUCCACAGGCUCGAAAAGGAGUUCGGUAACCACUGA